CUGGCUCCUCCCCUUCAGUCUUGCACAGGUGUACCGGAUCCUCCCCCUCAGUCUUGCACAGGUGUACCGGCUCCUCCCCUUCAGUCUUCCACAGGUGUACCAACUCCUCCCCCUCAGUCUUGCACAGGUGUACCGGCUCCUCCCCUUCAGUCUUUCACAGGUGUACCGGCUCCUCCCCUUCACUCUUGCACAGGUGUACCGGCUCCUCCCCCUCAGUCUUGCACAGGUGUACCGGCUCCUCCCCCUCAGUCUUGCACAGGUGUACCGGCUCCUCCCCUUCAGUCUUGCACAGGUGUACUGGCUCCUCCCCUUCAGUCUUGCACAGGUGUAGUGGCACCUCCCCUUCAGACUUGCACAGGUGUACUGGCUCCUCCCCUUCAGUCUUGCACAGGUGUAGUGGCACCUCCCCUUCAGACUUGCACAGGUGUAGUGGCUCCAACCCUUCUGACUUCCACAGGU